GUGACCAGGUGAAACUAAUUAUAUAAGUAGCAUGUUUAGGGUGGUGGUGGCUAUAGUAUUUGGGCAAAGUGUAGAUUUUAUGUUAGUAGUGGGGCCUCCUUUUGGUAAUCUUCUUUUGAGAUAUGUCAUGGGCAAUGAAGGGGCUCCAUCUAAUUUUCAUUGCUUUGGUUCUUUGGAGAGAUACAAGUGGAUUCGGAGUGUGGAAUACAACCUCUGUUGUUGAUUGGCAAGCUGGACGUUCUAAUGCAACAUGGAACCAAAAUUUUCACUUCGCUACGCCUGUUCAAGCUUUGGAGCUACUGUCCAGAAAAAGUGCAAACGGAAAUGUUGACGGAGGAAAUUCUAGUAGUUUCAGUUAUACUUCAGAAGUCCAAACUGCUCAACAGGAUUCUAGUUUUGUUCAGUCUUCUGGUGGUGCUGCUCAAGGUAAACCUGUACUAAAUGCUCAAGGUCAAGCAACUCCCAUGGUUCAACCGCAGGACAACUUGAUGACUCAGUCCUCAAGGCUCUAUUGGUUUGAAUCUCUCAAGCCUGAAAACUGUGGCACUUUGCUCUCUCAAUCUUGGCCUCAAAAAGGUCAGAAUAACGGUGGAUUCCAAAGACCAUCCAGGUUCCAGUUUGGGGGCACUGCAAACCAGACAUCUGGAUCCCAGACCCAGUCGUCAUACCAGCCUAGCACCACAACACAGGUUCAGUCUAUUGCCCAGCCUGAGUCUUUCGGAGCUUCAGCUUCAUAUCCAAGUCAAACCUCUGGCAUGUACUCUGUUGUACAGGGUCCUCUGAUUGCAUCCUCUUCCCAAAUGCCUGGGUUCCACAUCCAGUCAUCAUACCAGCCUGGCACCACAACACAGGUUCAGACAGGCCAGUCUGCGUCUACAUCUCAGGCUCAGUCCUCUGGUGCGUCAACGUUGUAUCGAGGGAUUAGCUCUGGCAGGUAUCUGACUUCACUGGGUCAUAUAAUUCCAUCCUCCUCCCAGUCUGUGGUCAAUACAAACCAGACAUCUGGAUCCCAGACCCAGUCAUCAUACCAGCCUGGCACCACAACACUGCUUCAGACAGGCCAGUCUGCUUCUACAUCUCAGGCUCUUGGCAGCCAUGGAGCUGCACCUUCAGGACAUGCUAAAUGGUACACCAUUGUACAAGGUCAGACAAUUCCAUCUUCUCAAGCCUCUGGAUCCCAGACCCAGUCAUCAUACCAGCCUGGCACCACAACACAGGUUCAGACAGUCCAGUCUGCUUCUACAUCUCAGGCUCAGUCCUCUGGUGCAUCAACAUUGUAUCCAGGGAUUAGGAGGAAUGUGACUUCUCUGGGUCAUGGCUUUCCAUACUCAACCCAGUCUGUGGUGACCGCAAACCAGACAUCUGGAUCCCAGACCCAGUCAUCAUACCAGCCUAGCACUACAACACUCCUUCAGACAGGCAGGCCUGUUCUUCCUCAGAGUCAGCCUUCGGGAGCUUCUGCUUCAUAUCCAAGUCAAACCUCUGGCGUGUACAAUAUUGCACAGCGUCCAUUGACUGCAACCCUUUCCGAAAUACCUGGGUUCCACAUCCAGUCAUCAUACCAGCCUGGCACUACAACACUGCUUCAGACAGGCCAGUCUGCGUCUACAUCUCAGGCUCAGUCCUCUGGUGCAUCAACAUUGUAUCAAGGAAUUAGGAGGAAUGUGACUUCUCUGGGUCAUGGCUUUCCAUACUCAACCCAGUCUGUGGUGACUGCAAACCAGACAUCUGGAUCCCAGACCCAGUCAUCAUACCAGCCUGGCACUACAACACUUCUUCAGACAGGCCAGUCUGCUCCUACAUCUCAGGCUCAGUCCUCUGGUGCAUCAACAUUGUAUCAAGGAAUUAGGAGGAAUGUGACUUCUCUGGGUCAUGGCUUUCCAUACUCAACCCAGUCUGUGGUGACUGCAAACCAGACAUCUGGAUCCCAGACCCAGUCAUCAUACCAGCCUGGCACCACAACACUGCUUCAGACAGGCCAGUCUGCUUCUACAUCUCAGGCUCUUGGCAGCCAUGGAGCUGCACCUUCAGGACAUGCUAAAUGGUACACCAUUGUACAAGGUCAGACAAUUCCAUCUUCUCAAGCGUCUGGAUCCCAGACCCAGUCAUCAUACCAGCCUAGCACUACAACACUGCUUCAGACAGGCCAGCCUGUUCUUCCUCAGAGUCAGCCUUCGGGAGCUUCUGCUCCAUAUCCAAGUCAAACCUCUGGCGUGUACAAUAUUGCACAGCGUCCAUUGACUGCAACCCUUUCCGAAAUACCUGGGUUCCACAUCCAGUCAUCAUACCAGGCUGGCACUACAACACUGCUUCAGACAGGCCAGUCUGCGUCUACAUCUCAGGCUCAGUCCUCUGGCGCAUCAACGUUGUAUCAAGGGAUUAGCUCUGGCAGGUAUCUGACGUCACUGGGUCAUAUAAUUCCUUCCUCCUCCCAGUCUGUGGUCACUACAAACCAGACAUCUGGAUCCCAGACCCAGUCAUCAUACCAGCCUGGCACUACAACACUGCUUCAGACAGCCCAGUCUGCUCCUACAUCUCAGGCUCAGUCCUCUGGUGCAUCAACAUUGUAUCAAGGAAUUAGGAGGAAUGUGACUUCUCUGGGUCAUGGCUUUCCAUACUCAACCCAGUCUGUGGUGACUGCAAACCAGACAUCUGGAGCCCAGACCCAGUCAUCAUACCAGCCUGGCACCACAACACUGCUUCAGACAGGCCAGUCUGCUUCUACAUCUCAGGCUCUUGGCAGCCAUGGAGCUGCACCUUCAGGACAUGCUAAAUGGUACACCAUUGUACAAGGUCAGACAAUUCCAUCUUCUCAAGCCUCUGGAUCCCAGACCCAGUCAUCAUACCAGCCUAGCACUACAACACUCCUUCAGACAGGCCAGCCUGUUCUUCCUCAGAGUCAGCCUUCGGGAGCUUCUGCUUCAUAUCCAAGUCAAACCUCUGGCGUGUACAAUAUUGCACAGCGUCCAUUGACUGCAACCCUUUCCGAAAUACCUGGGUUCCACAUCCAGUCAUCAUACCAGCCUGGCACUACAACACUGCUUCAGACAGGCCAGUCUGCGUCUACAUCUCAGGCUCAGUCCUCUGGCGCAUCAACAUUGUAUCAAGGAAUUAGGAGGAAUGUGACAUCUCUGGGUCAUGGCUUUCCAUACUCAACCCAGUCUGUGGUGACUGCAAACCAGACAUCUGGAUCCCAGACCCAGUCAUCAUACCAGCCUAGCACUACAACACUCCUUCAGACAGGCCAGCCUGUUCUUCCUCAGAGUCAGCCUUCGGGAGCUUCUGCUUCAUAUCCAAGUCAAACCUCUGGCGUGUACAAUAUUGCACAGCGUCCAUUGACUGCAACCCUUUCCGAAAUACCUGGGUUCCACAUCCAGUCAUCAUACCAGCCUGGCACUACAACACUGCUUCAGACAGGCCAGUCUGCGUCUACAUCUCAGGCUCAGUCCUCUGGUGCAUCAACAUUGUAUCAAGGAAUUAGGAGGAAUGUGACUUCUCUGGGUCAUGGCUUUCCAUACUCAACCCAGUCUGUGGUGACUGCAAACCAGACAUCUGGAUCCCAGACCCAGUCAUCAUACCAGCCUGGCACUACAACACUGCUUCAGACAGGCCAGUCUGCUACUACAUCUCAGGCUCAGUCCUCUGGUGCAUCAACAUUGUAUCAAGGAAUUAGGAGGAAUGUGACUUCUCUGGGUCAUGGCUUUCCAUACUCAACCCAGUCUGUGGUGACUGCAAACCAGACAUCUGGAUCCCAGACCCAGUCAUCAUACCAGCCUGGCACCACAACACUGCUUCAGACAGGCCUGUCUGCUUCUACAUCUCAGGCUCAGUCCUCUGGUGCCUCAACAUUCUAUCAAGGGAUUAGCUCUGGCAGGUAUCUGACUUCACUGGGUCAGAGCAUUCCAUCCUCCUCCCACUCUGUGGUCACUACAAACAAAAUCUCUGGAUUGCAGGACCAGUCAUUUCAGCCUGACACCACAACAAAUGCUUUGGUGGGUCAGUCUGCUUCUACAUCUUUGGCUCACGGCAACUUUCAGGCUCCAAAUUGGCAUACGAUAACUCCUCCUAGAUUCCAUAAUUUGCUACGGAACGUGUCGGUUUCUCAAUCUCUGAGCUCUGAUCCCCAAACAAGAACAAUCAACAAUAUUUUGCCGUUUCUGAACCAAAGUGCUGGGACUUCUGCCAUGUCUCAGAAUAAUGUACAGACCCCAGCAUUUCACACAUCUACACACUUCUCACCUGUCCCACAAACUGUUGCCACUCCCCCAGUCUCUCUACCCAAGCCUUGCCGACAGACACAAUGCUCAAUGGUGGAGAGUGCAAUUGCCUCUAUAGCAUCCAGCCAAACCUCUCCUCGUGUUGCCACAUCAUCUCAAGGCACAGGCUCUUUUGCUGCUGUACCCAUUCCAGGUACCUCACAGAAUUUUGCAGGCAUUGAUUUCCAGGGUACAUUGCCAGUACAUGACCAGUACAGCUCGGUGUGUAACUUUCCAUUUGGUUUCUGCAAUUCUCCUCAAGGAGCUGCAAACAACAAAUUUGUUCGAAGCCAGAGUGUACAGACACACAACCUGUGAACCAAGAAUUCAUGGGACACUUUCUGGAAUCAGUGCCUCAUCAGCAUUCUGUGUUCCACAAAGCUUUUCCAAUACACCUGAAAUUGUGAGCUCAGCCACUUACAGCUCCCCCCCAUUUCCCAACACCAGGCCCUCCUGACAAUCUCAACUGUAAGAUUAACUACUGAGUGCUUUGAUCGCUGACUGAAUAUGCUCAUUUGUGGUGCUUUUUAUUGUUUGCCUGAAUUUUUGUUGCAAUAAAAGGAGAAUGCACAUUUUGA